UAGUCGGGGAGCGUGGAACUCCGAGUCUAGCCGUUGCUCGCUGCGGUCCGCGCCCCCGCCCCCAUCUGCUCGGGGUUCUGCGGUCUGAGAACUGCCCGAUCCCUCCCGAGGGCCGGGAGCCGAGGCAGAGCGUCGAGGAUUUGGUGCUAUGGAGAAAUUUUUGGUAGAGUAUAAGAGUGCAGUAGAGAAGAAACUGGCAGAGUACAAAUGUAACACCAACACAGCAAUUGAACUAAAAUUAGUUCGUUUUCCUGAAGAUCUUGAGAAUGACAUUAGAACUUUCUUUCCUGAAUAUACCCAUCAACUCUUUGGGGAUGAUGAAACUGCUUUUGGUUACAAGGGUCUGAAGAUCCUGUUAUACUAUAUUGCUGGUAGCCUGUCAACAAUGUUCCGUGUUGAAUAUGCAUCUAAAGUUGAUGAGAACUUUGACUGUGUGGAGGCAGAUGAUGUAGAAGGCAAAAUCAGACAAAUCAUUCCACCUGGUUUUUGCACAAACACAAAUGACUUCCUUUCUUUGCUGGAAAAAGAAGUUGAUUUCAAGCCAUUUGGAACCUUACUCCAUACAUACUCUGUUCUCAGUCCAACAGGAGAAAACUUCACUUUUCAGAUAUACAAGGCUGACAUGACAUGUAGAGGCUUUCGAGAAUAUCAUGAAAGGCUUCAGACCUUUUUGAUGUGGUUUAUUGAAACUGCUAGCUUUAUUGACGUGGAUGAUGAAAGAUGGCACUACUUUCUAGUAUUUGAGAAGUAUAAUAAGGAUGGAGCUACGCUCUUUGCGACUGUAGGCUACAUGACAGUCUAUAAUUACUAUGUGUACCCAGACAAAACCCGGCCACGUGUAAGUCAGAUGCUGAUACUGACUCCAUUUCAAGGUCAAGGCCAUGGUGCUCAACUUCUUGAAACAGUUCAUAGAUAUUAUAUUGCAUCUCCUUCAGUUCUUGAUAUUACAGCGGAAGAUCCAUCCAAAAGUUAUGUGAAAUUAAGAGAUUUUGUGCUUGUGAAGCUUUGUCAAGAUUUGCCUUGUUUUUCCCGGGAAAAAUUAAUGCAAGGAUUCAAUGAAGAUAUGGCAAUAGAAGCACAGCAGAAAUUUAAAAUAAAUAAGCAACAUGCUAGACGGGUUUAUGAAAUUCUUCGACUGCUGGUGACUGACAUGAGUGAUGCUGAGCAAUACAGAAGCUACAGGCUGGAUAUUAAGAGAAGACUGGUCAGCCCUUAUAAGAAAAAGCAGAGAGAUCUUGCUAAGAUGAGAAAAUGUCUCAGGCCAGAAGAAUUGACAAACCAGAUGAAUCAAAUAGAAAUAAGCAUGCAACAUGAACAACUGGAAGAAAGCUUUCAGGAACUAGUGGAAGAUUACCGGCGUGUUAUUGAACGACUGGCUCAAGAGUAAGAUUAUUCUAUUUUGUACAGGAAGCUGACAAAUUUCUGUACAUUGUGCUGUGGAAAACCUGAUGAUAAUUUUAAUGUUAACAUCUUGUAACAUUUUACUUACAUUAAAAGUUAUCUGUUAUCAUUAGUUGAAUAUUUCCUUUUGGAGAGAUUGUAUAUUUUAAAAUACUGUCUAGAAUGUUUAUGAGCAUAUAUUGCAUUAAAAAAUAUAGCUUCUAAAAUACCACUGCUCUUGCUUUUCUUCUUAAACAGUAUAAUAAAUGCUUAGUUGUGAUAUGUUAAUGUGUGAUGUGAUUCUUAAAUACUUAUAAACUCUUCCUAUCUUAAAAAA